CAGAUAUGUUUUGUGGAGCUGGACGACACGAGUUUGUUUUGCUGUUGCCCGGGUACAAAAUGCGAACCAGGCUACGGUUAUUAUACGGCAGGCACAACAAGAGCCUCUCCGCACUCGCUCGCUUCUCCAGCACAUGAGACAGCUCCUAGCUGAAAAGGGGGAGGAGCACUGCUACCACUGAGUUGUCGGGGGCUAGAAUGGAAGACGCACGUGUAGGGACGGACAGACGGGAGAAGAGAUUGAGCCGCUCUAGGCACCUGGGAGGCCGGUUCUUGUUGCUUCCUCCUGGCUUGGAAAUGGCGGAGGAAGAGGGGUACCUCGCCGUUUCGGGGGAGCGCAUCACGUUGCAACGCCGGCAACACAGCGCCUCCUGUCGGGAGUUCCUGGUGCGCUGCCCGCGGCUGCAGUUGCGCUCGCUCAGCGCCGUCACGUGUUCCGUAUGGCUGGUGGCUUAUGGGCUCUUCGUUCUCAGCCAGAAUAGUAUGGUGCUCUCUGCUGCAAUAUUUAUCACACUGAUUGGCUUGCUUGCAUACCUGCACUUUGUGAAGAUCGACCAGGAGUCCCUGCUGAUUGUUGGUUCACUUGGAAUACAGAUGACUUCAUCUUAUGCAUCUGGUAAAGAGAGUACAACUUUUAUAGAGAUGAACCAGGUCAAAGAUGUGGUCAUCAAUGAAGCCAUCUAUAUGCAAAAGGUUAUUUAUUACCUGUGCAUCCUUCUCCAGGAUCCUGUGGAACCACACAUUGUUUCUGAGGUAGUGCCACUGUUUCAGAGCUCCAAGCCACGUCUGGCCUGCCUAGUAGAAGUGUACAAAAGCUGCCAAGAAAUCCUGGAGCAAAGGAAGAAAUCUUGACAUCAGAUUUUAAUCUCUUUAAUGUUGUAAAUCUUUUAAAUAAGAUUUUAAUCUUGCAGCACCAAGAUUUUGAGAAAUAUUUGGGAAGGUAUUCACAGGCAAGCAUGUUAAUGAACUUUGGCCAUGUGGAUAACUAGACAACAGUGGAUUCUAAUGAACCAGAGAACUGAAGAUUACUGGUGCUUUCCUGGGCAAGGACUGAACGUGCAACCUUCGAGAAAUGUUAGCAGGAAAAACUACUAAACCAGGCCCCACAUCAUCUUCUGUCAACAUGCUGAUGUAGGAAACUUAGUGAUAACCUUCUUUUCUGUCAAAAAUUAACUCCGCUUAAGUGAAUGGAAAUCUACAAGGAAGGUUCAGUGGAGAAAGGAAAUUGCUUCAUUUCUUAAUACAAGCACAUGGAAGAAGGGAAACUGUCAGCAAUACAAAGUUUUGUUUUCUGAGAGCUGAUCUGUCUGAUUAUGAGAUCUGUCUGCAUCCAUACUGUAUACUUACUUACAUAUACACAUUUGUUAUCAACAUGGUAUAAUUGGUAUUAGGAGAUACAAACGCCUGUAAAUAAAGCUGUUUACUGGCUUGUUUUAGUUUGUUCA